AACAUCCACCGAAGUGGUUUUUAAUAUUCUUUUACAAAGUUAGGAUGGGGGACAGGUGUAAAGAACGACGGUCGGAAUGAGAUUGGGUAACAAAUUUGGGUCCCGAGAAUCUUCAUUGUAAAUGUGGCAACGUUGACCCUAAAAGCAGAAGAUGUCCCUUCAUAAAGCUGAUGAGUGAUGAGGUAGUUGAGUAAGGCUCUGUUUUUCCUCCCAAGGCAACUGCAGAGUGAGCUGUGGAUCGAGUAAGUCUCUUGGAUUCUAUUAAUCAGUUGAAUGUUUACCAUGUAAUGUUUAGUUAUCAGCUCUUAGAGAAAAUUUUGGCUAUCCAUGAUCGACGGCUACAACCACAGCCUCUAUCAUCCGCCCGUGGACAGCCAAAAAUUUUCCCUAACUUUAGGACCCGUUUACAAAGGCUGAGCUGAAGAUUCAGUUAAAGCUGGUUCGACGGCUAUAUAUGAAGCGCUUCAGAUAAGCUAUCCAUAGAGGUUAAAAGCGGACAGCAGGCCCAUUUGAUCUGUAACUGCUCCAGAUAAGCUAUUCAAGGAUGCUGAAACUUGGGAAAAGUGGCUACCUUGUGCUUCCACUUUUUGUUAGAAAUGCCCCGACUCCAAAGGUGAUCAGUGCAUGAUAAAACCCUGUUUCAGGUGUUUGAGUGCAGUCACACAAGUGCCAUAGCUAGAACGCAUUGUUGCAGUGUAUCCCCUUCUUCUAAAGAAACUGUUAUAGUGGAAUAUUCUGCUAGAAAUCAAAUUAAAGGUAGCAAAGCUCCCGAAGUAGAGAAAAAAAAAAUGUUUCUCUUUGCGGAGAGAGUGUUAUCCAUGAACAAGAUGGUAGAAAGUUCUAGAUCUGGCUCAAGCCAUAGCCACAAUAGCCACUUUGGAAAUCAUGAGAGUUGGUUAAUAAACAUUAUGGAGGCAAACCAAGGAUCAAUUUUUACAGACAAGAAGCUCAAGAUACCACGUGUUCCGACUCAGAUGAGGCAAGAGUCAGAAAACAACUCAUCAGAAGUCAAUAAUAACAUUAGAGCAUAUGAACCUGAGGUGGUUACUAUUGGUCCUUACCACCAUAACAAGAACAAAGAAUCCUGUAAACCAAUGCAGGACCACAAGCAGAAAAUAGCAGAAAACAACUCAUCAGAAGACAAUAAUACAGUUAAUAAUAACAUUAGAGCAUAUGAACCUGAGGUGGUUACUAUUGGUCCUUACCACCAUCACAAGAACAAAGAAUCCUGUAAACCAAUGCAGGACCACAAGCAGAAAAUAGCUGAAAACUUUGUUUUGAAAGAUGGGAAGAAAGUAGAAAUACAAGGCUUGUACAAGAAGGUUGAGGAGAUAGCUAAAGAUGCAAGGACUUACUACGAUCAGGAUUCAGUAAAAGACAUCGACGAUGAAACAUUCACAGGUAUGAUGUUCUUAGAUGGUUGCUUUGUUGCCUAUUUCAUUUACUGUGUGACGAAUGGAGAUCUCAAGCAACUGAACAUGGAAAGUAAGACGAUAGUUUCGGUAGCUAGGGACUUGUUCUUGCUAGAAAACCAACUCCCAUAUCUUGUCCUUGAGGUGUUGAUGGACACCAUAUUUGAUAAAAAUGAAUUCACAAGAAUGGUUAGACAGUUUGUUGACAUGAUAGUUCUCGGAUGCAAGCAAGAAGAAUGUGAUCCAUCUUUACGUGAGCUUGACAAAAUUCUUAAAGAAUCUACUCCCUGUCACCUCCUUGAUCUCCUUCGGACCAUGUUCGUCAGAGAAUCUCAACAGGGAGGCAAUAAAUCAAGCUCACAUCGGCGUCAAGGUCGACGAUUAGGUCGAGGAUCAGAACGAGAAAGUACUCCGCCCGAAGAAGACAAAUCAACGGUAUCUCAACAGGAAAGUCCUCCUGUUGAACGUCAGACUGACAAAGAAGAUGAUCUGGAAUGGGACAAUUUAACAAAAUGUGUUUCAUACUCUUUUGUCGCAUUGAUCUUUCUUCUUCUUUCACCCUUUAUUCUGCUUUUGAUAGUAGUGUCGUUUGCUUUGGGAAUUGUUCUGGGAAUCAUUAUGUUCCUCGUGAGUUUUCCUUAUUUUUGCUUGUUGGUUUGGACCAUUCGAAGCAGAAAGGAUACAACGCACCAGUUUCGUACUGCCAGCGAGCUCAAAGCUACAGGGAUCAGUUUCAAGAUGAGUGAAUCGUUAAGCUUAAGUAGUGUCGAUUUCAAAGCUGGUCUCAUCUUUGGAGAUUUGAUACUUCCUGUGGUAGCCAUUGAUAGGUCAACCGAGGUUAUGUUUCUGAACUUAAUAGCCUACGAAACAAGUUGUUUUGAUCUUGAUGAUUUCAAGGUAACCUCCUACAUUUGUUUUCUGGAUUCGCUGAUUGAUCGUGCCGACGAUGUUAAGGAGUUGAGGUCAGACCGCGUACUCAUUAACAAUCUUGGCAGCGAUGAAGAAGCGGCCCAUCUUAUCAAUCAAUUGGGAAGAAAUUUGAUGGAUCCUAAUACAUAUAAUGAGGUUAAGAUAGAGAUGAAGAAGUUCUGUGGACAGAAAUGGAGGACAUGGUUUGCUGAAAUCAAGCUCAAAUAUUUUCGUAGCCCUUGGACUAUCACUUGCUCUCUUUGCUGCAUUUUUGGCUCUCUUCCUCACUGCUGUUCAGACCUAUUUUACAGUUUUCCAUGGAAAAUGAGGGGGGCCCACCAAUUACAAUAUAUAGGAGAGACAAAUAUUGUAUAUGAUGCAAUUAUGUGUCGCUGUUGGAUUUGGUAAACUUUUUUUACAUCUGUUAUGGUUAUAUAUCUUUUUCUUGUUUAUUUAAUUCCGUUGAAGUAACCUAUAAUAGUCAUGGAGCAUUAAUAAUCAAUACUCAAU